AACAUACAGCAGGCUCUUGUCACUUGUUUUUGUUUCCUGGCUCCCCAGCUCUGACCCUUCCCUCCCCUCUUGCUCUCUUUCUCUUGCUCUCCUCGGCCCAUUCCAGUUCUCUCCUCUCCUCCCUGCGGUUGUGAGUGUGUUUUAGGUUGAGCGAUGUGUUGUUCGGUGGGUUUUGCCAGGUCUCUGGGUCUGGCCCUGCUGCCUCUGGCCCUCUGCUGUAUCCUGGCCAACCUGCUGCUGCUGUUUCCCAUGGGAGAAAUCAGCUACAUCCAGCAGGACCGCCUGGCCAGCUACAUCUGGUACUUUGGUGGACUAGGAGGAGGUGGAUUGCUGAUGCUGUUUCCAGCUGUGGUCUUCAUCACUCUGGGGAAAUGUAGCUGCUGCUGGAAUGAGAGUUUAAUGAUGUGCGGGUCAGUGUUGGCAGCUGCGGUCGGCAUGGUGGGGUCUGGCUACUGUUUCAUCAUGUCAGGAUUCGCCUUGGUGCAGGGCCCCCAGUGCUUCACCUCUUAUGGAUGGUCGUACCCCUUUGCAGACCAGGGGGGCAGGUAUCUCUUACAACCAGAGACUUGGUCACGCUGUCUUCAGCCGGUUCACAUCGUAGAGUGGAACGUGACUCUGCUGUGUGUGCUACUGGGCCUGGCCGUGCUGGAGUUCAUCAUCUGUCUCUUACAGCUGGGAAACGGUUUAGUCAAUGCCGUCUGCCGGCCCUGUUGCUACAAGCAGGAGUAUAGUCUAAAUGCUUAGAUCUAAACACACAUGCAUACGUGUAUGUAGACUCACCUGCUGAGAGUCACACACUCGACAAUGUAUGCAUACAUACAGGACAUUAAUGGACACAUGCAUACGCAGCCUUAUUGCCCAGCACCAUUUAUAUGUGUGGGAGUACACCUCAGUCUUACUUAGACAGACCGACCUACAGUACACAUGCAGUGUCAUGGACACCUGACUGCCACAUCAGUAUAUUUGCUAUAUUUUCAAGCUUUUAAUGUGUCUGUUAAAGUGGCAAAAAUCUCUAUACAGU